UUCCUGAGAGCAUCAAGGCAGAUUAAGUUCCCACCGCAGCACCGGCCGCCCCGGCAAAGGCAACAGCUAAGUCCGCGAAGAAGAAGGCCACCAAGCCCGCCAUGAAGGGUGGCGCCGCGGAGCUCAUCCUGAAGGCGGUCACCGCCUCCAAGGAGCGGAAAGGGAUCUCUUUCGUGGCUCUGAAGAAGGAGCUGGCCGCCCAGGGCUUCGACCACACCGCUCACAUUAAACGCGCCGUGAUUAAGUUGGUGGAGAAGGGAUCCCUUCUGCAGGUCAAGGGAACCGGGGCGGGCGGGUCCUUCAAGGCAGCCGAGAAGCCCAAGAAGGUGGCGAAGAAGCCCGCAGCCAAAGCCACGAAGCCGGCAGCGAAGAAACCCGCCGCUAAGAAGGCGAACGUAGCAACACCCAAGAAGGCGACGAAGCCCGCUGCUGCUGCCAAGAAAACCCCCGUGAAGAAGGCCACAAAGAGCCCUAAGAAUAAAGCUGCCUUUAGGUCCAUUAGACCUGCUCAGGUGAUAGUAGUGAUUUAAAACUAGAACUUCAAUAUGAUUUAUUAAAUGUAGAUGUCAUUUUAAUACAAUAAAGUGAUAACAUAUGGAGACCUGGGUUUAAUAGCACUUCACUAGAAUUACUUUGGGUUUUAUCAUGUGCUGAUAUUAUUCCAUUGUAUAACUUCAUCUUUUUCGCUUUCUCUUUACUUGCUGCCUGCAUCUGUA